UCCAAGUAUCCCAAAAAAAUUUUUGUUCGCCUCCUUUCUUCUACCAGUCUCUCUUCCACCUUCUCUGCCCAUCGCAAAAACCCUAAUUUUCUCUUCGCACCUGUCUUCUGAAAGCCCUAAUUUCCCCUCCCAAUCCAUCCCGCUUCCGUUGUUCUUCCCCCAUCUCUCCGCGUCGCUGCUCGAAAACCCGUUUCCUCUUUUGCUAUCUUUCUCCGUGGGGAAGAAGCCAUUAUUCGGAUUGAGCGAUUGCGUUCACGAAACUCCUGGGUCCUGCGUGUGAACGAGCAACCUCUCUCUCUGGGUUAGGGUUUUGCUCUGUUCUCUCCGUUUCGCCCGCCGUCGCUUGGUUUUUCCUCGUUCCUGUUUCCCCCUCGUGUUUUCCUGAUGCUGUGUUGAACGAAUUCUGCAUCGUCUCGAACCCCAUCGCCUGCUCUGAUUAGGCAUCGAUAGUGGUAAUCAUAUAUAGAGGUACAUGCGUAGGUGUUAGGGUUUCUGGUCGAGGCGAUUGGUAAUUUUGGGUGUGGCAUUGGUAUUUCAUUGUUGAACGGGUUACAGGUGCAAAGUAGGUUGCAAAAAAUAUAUCCCUUUUGUGAUUCUCCGUUAUAUUAUAGGUGGUGGAUUCUCCUUUCAUGCCUUCUCUCCUUUCUUCAUUAGGUUGAGGGAAUUGUAGUUUAGGUUUUGAUCAUCAGCUAAUCCAUCUGUGUGAGAGAUGGCGGUCUAGAGGACAUUUGCAUCACUGCUUCUAUCUCUUUUAUUCUCCUCGGAGUGAUUACAUGAGAUUCAGAAUUCACACAGUUCGUUCUGAUUCGUGCGGAAAUCGCCGUUGAGUGGCUGAUUGGUGAAUUCCCAUCAUUGGCCUCGACUCCAGCAAGCGAUUAGAUGAAAGAAAGAGGGUAGGAUAGGUUAGACAAGUUGUGCUCUUUGUGCCGAAAGAAGAACCUUUUGUGUUUUUGUUCUUCUGGGCGGUUGAAGGAAGGCCAUAGAAGUGUUCUUCUUUCUUUUUUAUCUGAUGAUGUACAGUCCUCCUAAUGGCAAGAAGUGAACCCUCGUUAGCUCCAGAAUGGUUGAGAACAGCAGGGAGUGCUUCUGGUGGUGGGAGCUCGAACCACCAUGCCGUAUCAUCUUCCUCUCAUUCAGAUUCUGCAUCUUUACCGCAUAGUAGCAGGAAUAGGAAUUCUAGGAGCAAAGGUGAUAUCGAUACAAUCCGGUCCCCUUUCCUGGGUCGGUCUUCUUCCACCAAUUCACGGAGGGGUUCUAGUAUUGGGUCUGCAAAACAUGCAUAUAGUAGUUUCAACUUCAGUAGGAGUCAUCGAGAUAAGGAUCGUAGCAGGGAGAAGGAUAGGUUAAGCUACAUGGAUCCGUGGGACAAUGACACCCUCCCUCUUGGAAGCGUCUUAACUGGUAGGGAAUCUAGGGAUCAGGAUCAGUUGAGACGAUCACAUUCAAUGAUCACAAGGAAACAGGGUGAUUACCUGUCUCGAGGAUUUGCAGUGGGUCUGAAAAAUGGUGGCAACACUAAUCUAUACAAUGGAAAUGGUAUACUUUCCGGACCUACUAUUGGCAAUAACCUUCAGAAAACGGGUUUUGAUAAGGAUUUUCCUUCGCUCGGAGCUGAAGAUAGGCAUGGGGGACAAGAUGUUGUGAGAGUUUCAUCUCCUGGUCUUAGUUCUGUUGUCCACAGCUUGCCUGUGAGUAGCUCAGCUUUGAUUGGCGGGGAAGGUUGGACAUCUGCUUUGGCUGAGGUCCCCAAUGUCAUUGACAAGAGUGGCACCGGGUCAUUACCUUCCCCUCAAGCUAGUGCUGUUACCACAGGUACUUUAACAGGCACAACUAGUCUCAACAUGGCUGAAGCACUGGUACAGGCUCCGGCCAGAACUCGUACCCCACCCCAGGGAUCUGUAAAGACGCAAAGACUCGAGGAAUGGGCUAUUAAGCAAUCGAGGCAGUUGAUACCAGUUGUACCUUCAGCACCAAAGGGUUCGAUUCUGAAUCCUUCUGAUAAAUCCAAAACCAAACAAGUGGUUCGAGCUGGUGAAAUUGGUCCUGCAGCUUCAAGAAAUGUGCAACAACAGCCCGCUGCAUCACAGCUGAAUACUUUCCUGUCUAAUCCCAAUGCACAGAUCAAGCCCGACACAUCAAAGAAGCUACUGGUUCUCAAACCUGCUAGAGAAAAUGGUGCCCCUGCUGUUAAAGAAUCUGCAAGUCCUAGCAGUAGUACCAACACUCGAGCUGCUCCUACCCAGCUAACUGUUUCUCCCUCCACGCAACCUGCUCCGGUGAGAAGUGCAAAUAGCCCGAAGGAGAUCAAGGGAGCUUCCAUGAACAUGAUAUCAGGGCAAACUGUUGAGAAAAGACCUUACUUGGCUCAAACUCAGAGCAGGAAUGAAUUUUACAAUGCUCUGAAGCAGAAGAUAUCCACAAACAUGUCAACUGAUCCCGCUAACUCCAGCUCUUGCAUCUCGUCUUCUUCCACUGAGGAAAAGGCUGACAACAGUUCGAAGGAGCAUAUAGCUGGUGACCCUUCUAGUCCACUGGCUGCAAAUGGUGAAAAGGACAACAUCACUGAAAGGGUCCAGAGUUUGUCUCCGGUGGGAGAGAGUGAUAUGAGGUUCGAAGCAGCAGACACUCCUGAUGAAGAAGAGGCUGAGUUUCUGAGAUCCCUUGGAUGGGAUGAAAACAAUUGCGAGGAUGAAGCCCUUACCCCGGAGGAGAUCAGCGCCUUUAUCGAACAGUACCAGAAGCUGAAACCAUCUCUCCUGCAGAACCUGUCCAUUAUACACGAAGAAGAAAUGCAGGACACGACCUCCUCAUCAGACUCCUGAAUCAGUCCGAAGAAGAACCCUUUUUUUUUUCUCCAUGGAAGAUAAUCUCCUUCUCUUCUUCUUCUUCUUUUCCUUCUUGGGUUUUUUUUUUUUGGUUCUGAGAAAAGAUGGCAGCUUUGGCAUGGAAGAAGAAAAGGGGGCAGGGCUGUCUCUAUUUUUAAUUUUUUUGUUGUUGCAAAUAGCGCAAAUAAACAAAUGGGGGAUGAGGUUUUUUUGCCAUAGGAGGAGUCCUGCCCCUCCAGAGAUGACUUUUGUAGGUCCUUUCACUUUUGGUCUUGAAGAUGCAAUCUCCACAGAGUGUGUGCUUUCCAUCUUCUUCGGUUUCUAAUGUUCUUUUUUUGUUUGUUUGGGUAUAUUGGGGAAAGAGGGAAAACAUGCCUACGGUGCUUAGACGAAGAAAGAGGAGGAAAAAAAAAAGAAUGAACCUUUUCUUUUUUGUUGCUCUA